GGAGAGAGAAUUAAAUUAGUGAUGGGUUCUCUCAAUCCGCCUCGUACGUCUGCCUUUCCACUGCCCUCUCUCACGCCCUCUCUUGCGGUCCCAAGAAACCUCCAUUGAUCAAAGGAAACCCCAUCAAACCUUCAAUUUUGGUAUGGGCGAUGGAUGGGAGACUGGGGUUUUGUUCUAUCGUUCUGGAUUUUAGGAGGUUGGAUGAACAGCCGAUUCGAACGGGAUCGCUAUCAAGCACCGACUGCAGCAAUUCUUGGUCGGAAUCGGCUUCUGUUAUAUUCUCGCACAGUGGGGUUUUUGUCAUUCGUAGCACGUGAAUCGUCUUGAAAGCAGAAUUCAUCCCUUUUUCAUGCUUUUCUGUCGCAAUGAAUGGCAUCGAGUGAAUCGUCACCAGACGGAUUGCUGCUAGGCGACUUUACCUCCCGAUGACUUUGAGUCAUCUGAGUCUCAUCAAGAACUUCACAACAUGAGUGAUGAAGCAUCAUCCAGGAGUACGAAAGUGGAUCCAACUUUCUAGGGGAAUGGUGACUUAACUAGAAGAUGGUAGCCCCGAUCUUGGACAUGGACUGUCUGGUAGUCCAUGUGAAAUCCCUGUACUUGCUUCAAUUUCAAAGUAGGCACCAGAAAAAUUGUCAAAGAGCAUGAACAAAAUUACUUUUGGCUGUCAAUGAUUGUAUUACUUUAGCAAAUGAUCCAUGGUUAAGCACAGGUGUUCGCCUAGCUGAUUAUCUAGUCCAGAACUAAGUAGGGAUCCCAGAGGCAACAUCUACCUCAUCCUCGACGAUAACCAUGCCAUCAUUCAUGAGGUCAGGGGAGACAAAGUCCAGUGCUUCCAGUAGAUGUAGUAGGGUCAUAGGUAAAGGUUUAGAUAGUUACUCUUAUGCAUCCAUCAAGUGACAUACUAGGAUUAAAUUUUGCUGGGAGGCCUUUCAUCUUUUAAUUGCGAAGGAUUUCCUAUCAACUUAAGCCACUUCGAGCUUGUUAAAUGCAUAGGUCAUGGAGACAUUGGCAGUGUUCACAUAGCUGACUCAAGGGAACAGGAAUUGACACCAUUUUUGCAAAGAAAGUGAUGGACAAGGCUUCCCUAAUUAGUGAAACUAGGCUAAUUUGGGCACAAACAGAUUCAUACUGCAUUCCUGAAUCCCCAUCAAGACAGAAAAAAUAUUUCUCCUUGGUUGUCGAGUGUCGUGGUGGUGGUAAUCUUCAUUCUCUUCAUCAGAAGUGACCUGAUAAAGCUUUUAACUUGGAAGAAUGCAUGCUUUUAUGCUUCAGAACCGUUGCUUGCAAUUGAAUAUCUGCACUUGAUUGGGAAACUAUAUAAGGAAUUGAAGCCAGUGAAUGUGCUUGUUAGAGAUGAUGGCAACAUAAAAGUAUCUAACUUUGCCUUGCUACGAGCUCACGGUAGUGCUCCUUCAACACCCCGAAAUCAGUCAGAAUUUUAUCUAUCCAUGCAGGAAAUAGUUCUCGCAUCCAAAGAAUUCUUUGGAGAAAACUUUAAUGUAAUGUUGAAUCCUGUGUUUGUUUGCAUACUCCCUGGGAAGAUCAAUAAAUCCUAAUUGGACUUUGGCUUUGGGUGCUGAGCUCCCUUGGAAUUGAUGGCAGAGCCAAUAGAUGCACACUCGAUGUCAUUCCUUGGGAUGAAUGAGUAUUUGGCCGUUGAAGUUAUCUGAGGAGAGGAUCAUUGUAGUGCAGUGGAUUGGUGGACCAUUAGCAUAUUUCUGUACAGGCUUGUGUAUGGUACAACCCCUUGCAAGAAAUCAGGAAACUGAGUUACACUUUUAAACAUAGAACGCCAACCAUUGAUGUUUCCAGUGGCACCAGCUGUGAGGUUGACUGCACAAGACCUUAGCCAUGGCCUCCUUGUCAUCGAAUUGCAGAAGAAAAGGAUUGGCUACAGAACGGGUGCUACUGAGAUAAAAAAGUAUGCAUCAUCUGCGAGGGUUAAUUAGGCCCUCUGAGGAAUGCCACGCCACCUUAUAUACUUGAAUCAGUGGAGAUGAAGUGAUUUGCUUGUGGGAUAUGGUUACAGGAAAGAAAGUAAAACCCUAAUGGUCUACAUGGUGGCAACAAGAGUGAUGCAAGUGAUUGACUUACAUGGUGGCAACAAGAAUGAUGCAAGUGAUUGACUUUGUUUUGUUUCUAUGAUAUCGUGGCUUAGUUCUACAUCUGACGGCAGAGAAGAAUUGGAUUGGGUUGUAAGGGUCAAAUGAAUCUAUCACUAUCAACAUAGAUUUUAGUAUCGUGGGUAAGUGGUUUAUGCCUAUCAAAUUAAUGGGUAGUAUCCCAUCAUGUAGGAUCAUGGCAGAUAUUAGAUUUGAUGAGGGGUCAAAGUAGAAAAUAACUAAAUGUGGAUGGGGAUGGUGACACAUCGCAUGGAGUUACUUUAAUCAGUUUGAUUUUGUAUUGUGUUUGUGGGCUCCGACAGAAGACUUCAAUGCAUUGGGAUGCGCGGAUUCCCUCUGUGUAGUCUUUAAUCAUUGUGCGUUUCCCUCUCAAGAAAAGAACAGGUUUUCGACCUAAAGGAUGAGAGUUAGUCUUGGUUUCGGAUAAUGAGACAAUUAUGGAAAGGCUUGGAUCAAAAGAUUGCUUGACUUCUAGAUUGGUAUGCUGUUGCGGAAGAAACCACUAAGAGUGUUCAGCUUGUAGAUGAUCAUGUGUCCGAUACACUGUUGUAUGCUUUCAAGAUUGACCACUGAAGAACAUGCUUUCAUGUUGAGAGCGGGAUGGAGUGCUUGCUGUGCUGCACAUGAAGCUUCCACAGCAACCGACGAGGUGUGGCUACAGUGUUCGGCUCAGCCAGCAGAGGAGCGACAGAGCAAGCGAGGAAUUUGGUGUGCAAAAAAGUAUGUGCUCAUGCAGAGGAACGUUCACCAAUGACCGAUGCCGCUGCUCCAGCCACAGUCCUCACUUGUAUCUACUUUUAAUUCCACUCGAGCGCUUUCGCUUUUCCUUUCGAAAAAAGAAGAGCAACAAAGACAGGAACAACGCCACCACCCAUCUCCAUUUCUAUGCCCUCUGAUUCCCUCCUCUCCCCCCACCUUCCUCCUCUCUUAGUCCAGGUAGAUCUCCAUGGCUGCGGCUGCGGCUGCUCUUGCUUCCAAGCUCUUCCUUUGCCUCUCCGCUUCCCUCCUCCUCCUCCUCUUCACCGUUCCUUGUUCCACUGCUUCGAGCUUCCCCCGCUUGUCGCUCAGAAAGCAAGCCUCCAUCCUCGUCUCUAUAGCGCAGUCCUUCCACACCUCGGACGACUUCUUCCGCAGCUGGAGCUUCUCCAACCAUGCAGCUGUCUGCGCAUGGAAUGGCGUUCGAUGCGACGACGCCCAGCGCGCAGUGAUCGAGCUCGACGUGUCGAACCUCAACAUCUCAGGUUUCCUGCCACCCGCCAUUGCGGAGCUCAAGAGCCUCGCUUCCCUCUCCGUCUCCGGUAACAGCUUCUCCGGUGAGUUCCCUCCCGGUAUCAGCAAGCUCUCCGGACUCAGGUAUCUCAACAUCUCCAAUAACCAUUUCAAUGGCACCAUGGACUGGAGCUUCUCCGGAAUGAUGGGACUCGAGGUACUCGAUGCUUACAACAAUGACUUCGUCGGGUCUCUCCCUGUCGCGCUCACUGGACUCCCCAUGCUACGCCAUCUGGAUCUCGGUGGGAAUUACUUCUCCGGCACCAUCCCGGCGGCCUACGGUGGCUUCCGAGCUAUACGCUUUGUCUCGUUGGCUGGGAAUGACCUGGGCGGACGCAUACCCCCCCAACUCGGCAAUCUCACCACUCUGGAGCAGCUCUACCUGGGCUACUACAACGAGUUCGACGGCGGGAUUCCGGCCGAGCUCGGGAGGUUGGCCGAGCUAGUCCAUCUCGACCUUUCCAGCUGUGGGUUGGAGGGCGGAAUCCCGCACCAACUGGGCAACCUCACGAAGCUCGACACUCUCUUCCUGCAAACGAAUCAGCUCACCGGCACCGUCCCUCCCCACCUUGGCAACCUGAGCAACCUGAGAUACCUCGACAUCUCGAACAAUGCGCUGACCGGCGAGAUCCCGGAAGAGUUCUCGACUCUCCGGGAGCUCAAGCUGCUGCACAUGUUCAUCAAUCGGUUCCAUGGAGAGAUCCCAGUGUUCGUCGCCGAGCUGCCCCAUUUGGAGGUCCUGAAGCUGUGGCAGAACAACUUCACCGGCGUCAUCCCUCCCAGCCUCGGACGGAACGGCGUGCUUCGAGAGCUCGAUCUCUCCACCAACAAGCUCACUGGAUUAGUCCCCCGAGCUCUCUGCUCCGGGAGGAAGCUGGAGAUUCUGAUUCUGCUAAACAACUUCCUCUUCGGUCCGCUGCCGGACGAUCUUGGCGAGUGCACGACGCUGGGUCGGGUCCGCAUGGGGCAGAACUACUUGACCGGGGCCAUUCCCGGGGGCUUCCUCUACCUGCCGGAGCUCUCGCUGCUGGAGCUGCAGAACAACUAUCUCACCGGCACGAUGGCGGAAGAGCCCGCGAAGAGGCCCGAAAGGCUCGGCCAGCUGAAUCUAUCCAACAACCGGCUCUCCGGACCUCUUCCGGCCUCCGUCGGCAACUUCUCCGCGCUGCAGAUUCUUCUUCUCAGUGGCAACCAGUUCACAGGGGAGAUACCCUCUCAGGUUGGCCUUCUAAGGCACGUCCUCAAGGUGGACGUGAGCAAGAACAACUUCACCGGUAGAAUUCCGCCUGAGAUCGGCGACUGCUUCUUGCUGACUUACCUGGAUUUGAGCCAAAACCAUCUCUCCGGACCGAUCCCAUCUCGACUCUCGCAAACAAGGAUACUGAACUAUCUGAAUGUUUCAUGGAACCGGUUGAAUGGAAGCAUUCCGAAGGAGAUCGGAAGCAUGAAGAGCCUGACCUCUGCCGACUUCUCGCACAAUGACUUCUCCGGCAGAGUACCGGAGUCUGGGCAGUUCGCCUACUUCAACGCUUCAUCUUUUCUUGCCAACCCGCAGCUAUGUGGAUCGAUUCUUUCGAGCCCCUGCAACAUUUCGGCAAGUUCCCAAUUCCAGUACGACCAACACCAAAGCUUCAAGUCGCAGCUCCCUGGAAGAUCCAAGCUCCUGCUUGCACUCGGCCUCUUGAUAUGUUCCAUGUCGUUCGCCGUCACAGUAGCCAUCAAGACGCGGUCGAUGAUGAAGAGGAACUCGAAAUCAUGGAAGCUGACGGCGUUCCAGAAGCUAGAGUUCGAGAGCGAAGACAUCGUCGAAUGCCUCAAAGACAACUGCAUCAUAGGAAGAGGAGGAGCAGGAAUCGUGUACAGAGGAACGAUGCCGAGCGGCGAAGAGGUCGCGGUGAAGCGACUGCUUGGGAUCAGCAAGGGAUCAACCCAUGACAAUGGAUUCUCUGCGGAGAUACAGACGCUGGGCAAGAUCAGGCACCGGAACAUCGUGCGGUUGCUCGCCUUCUGCUCGAACAAGGAGUCCAAGCUGCUGGUGUACGAGUACAUGCCCAAUGGGUGCUUGGGGGAGCUGCUCCAUGGAAAGAGAGGUGGAUAUCUCAGCUGGCAAAUGAGGCUCCGGAUCGCCAUAGAAGCCGCGAAGGGGUUGUGCUACUUGCACCAUGACUGCCGCCCGCCGAUACUUCAUCGGGAUGUCAAGUCCAAUAACAUCUUGUUGGAUGCCAACUUCGAAGCUCAUGUCGCAGAUUUCGGCCUCGCCAAGUACCUGAGGGACACGGGAGCUUCCGAGUGCAUGUCGGCCAUCGCCGGUUCCUACGGCUACAUCGCCCCCGCUAAAGGAGUAGGAAGAGUUGGCGGGGAUGAAGAGUAUGCCUACACUCUCAAGGUGGACGAGAAGAGCGAUGUCUACAGCUUCGGUGUGGUUCUGUUGGAGCUGAUCACCGGCCGGAGACCCGUGGGCGACUUCGGGGAGGAAGGAUUAGACCUCGUGCAGUGGACAAGAAUGAGCACGAAUUGGAGCAAGGAAGGGGUGGUGAGGAUAUUGGAUCCAUGGCUCAGCAAUGUCCCACUGGAAGAGGCGACGCAGGUGUUCUUCGUGGCCAUGCUCUGCGUCCAAGAGCACAGCGUCGAGCGGCCCACCAUGAGAGAGGUGGUGCAGAUGCUCGAGCAGGCGAAGCCAUCCUACGGCUUCCAUGCACGUUAAUCGUGGCGAAUGCUUUGAGAUUCCGCCGCAAUUAAUGUAAACGUGAUGCGCGUGAUGUUGUUGUUGCUGUUGUGUGUGUGUAAGAGCGAGAGAGAGAGAGAGAGAGAGAGAGAGAGAGUCGAGCAUCUUCCAUGACAAUGCACCUCAUUUGCCAGGAAUCUUUGUGUCGCAAGAGCUGUUACCUUCUCCCAAUAAAAGCUGGGGACGGACUACUGGUGUCAUCUGAAA